AUGUUGCAGCAGCUGGCUUUCCUGCUGGCCCUCAGUGCCUUGGCACUGGGCGCACUGCAUCCGCCAGAGACCGGGCACAUGACUCCCUUGGUGGCCGCUGCCCUCGAUAUUUUGGACGAGCAGGUGAGCCCCUCGCAGAGCACGCUGGCAAUAAUAGAGCUGAUCGGCAAGGGUGAGCAUCGAGAUCAUGAGCAGGAGGAGCUGAUGACCACCAUAAUCGCGGAGGUCGGUGACUCGAUGGCGCUGCGUACGUUCCAGGCUCCGCCCCAGGAUGUUCCGGCCAACUAUGUGCUGUUCCUGGUGAACUCCGCCGAGGCCUUCAGCACCCUGAGCUUUGACUUCACGGAGAUGCACUCUACGCGGGAGUACAACUUUCUGAUCCUGCUGACGCGUCGCAUGUCCUCGCGAGCGGAGAGACUGCAGGCGCUAAGGAAUAUAUCUAGGACCUGCGUGAGUUUCCACACCCUCAACGUGAUCCUGCUCACCCAGAAGAACAGCGGAGUGGUGCUCACCUAUGGCUAUCGUAUAUACAACCAAAACUGCGACCUGAACCUCUCCUUGGAGCUGAUUGAUCGCUACGAGAACGGCUCCUUCCAGCAGGGGCACCAGGAUCGCACCUUCGACCGGGUGCUGAACAGCCUGGCCGGAUGUCCGGUUCGAGUCAGCUGGUAUCCGUUGCCGCCGUUCACGAUCUUCAAGGGAAACGAAAGCGAUCCGGAAGAGCGGGCGCAGACCUGGCGCCUGACCGGCAUCGAUGGCGAGCUGAUCAAGCUCCUGGCGGAGAUCUUCCGCUUCCGCAUCAUUCUGGAGGAGCCCUGCGACAAGUGCCUGUCGCGGGACAUCAAGGACGGCUGCAGUGGCUGCUUCGACCAGAUGAUCAACAACGACUCCUCGAUCCUGAUCGGUGCCAUGAGCGGAUCCCACCAACAUCGCUCGCAGUUCGCCGCCACAGCGUCCUACUACCAGAGCUCCCUGGUCUUUGUGAUGCACAUGGACACGCAACUGGGUGCGGUGGCCCAGCUGGCGGUGCCGUUCUCGGCCGGCGUGUGGCUCGCCCUGGUGGUCAGCGGUGUCCUGGUGGUGCUGGUCAUUUGGACCUGGCUAAGGAUCAGCACCGGUCAUCCGGACGUGGCCGCUCACGCCCUGCAGGUACUCACCACCCUGAUGGGCAAUCCGCUGGUGGCCCGGAGUCUGCCAACAAACGGCAGGAUGCGUGUCUUCUACGCCGCUUGGCUGCUCCUCGUCCUCGUCCUGCGAGUCGUGUACCAGGGCAAGCUGUACGACUCCUUUCGCCUGCCCUACACCCAGCCCAUGCCCGGACAAAUAUCGGAGCUGAUAGCCGCCAACUAUACGCUGAUAUCGCAGGAAUACCUCGAUUUCUAUCCCCGCAACUUGACUGUGCUCACCCGGAAUGGAUCCAGGGACCGCUUCGAUAACAUUCAGGAGCACGGCCAGGAUGGUCGGCUGACCACCACCUCGCUAAUUGCCAGCAUGUCGUACUACAACCUGAUGCACUGGAGCACCAGUCGGCUGACCCACAUCCGGGAGCACAUCUUCCUGUACCAGCUGGUCAUCUAUUUGCGCCGGCACACGCUGCUCAAGUUCGCCUUCGACCGGAAGAUCAAGCAGCUGCUCUCCGCGGGCAUCAUCGGGUACUUUGUCCGCGAGUUCGACAGCAGCCUGUUCCAGGACACCAACAUAGAGCCGCACGAGGUGUCGCCCAUUCCGCUGGAGAUCUACUGCGGCCUGUACUAUAUCUCGGCCAUCCUGCUCGGUGCCUCGGGCAUAGCCUUCGUCCUGGAGUUGCUGAGUGUUCAGCGAGUCAACUGGUUAAGGCGCUACUUUGAGUGA